AUGCUGGGGUGCUCUCUUUGGGGCUCUGCACCCCCCACGUUGGUUGGGGAGAGAAGGAGGAGAACUGUGUUGCUUGAAGGGUUGCUGCUGGUGGUGGUCUUUCCCAGCUGGGUCUUGGCUCAGCAACUCGCCCGUUGUCCUGAAUCCUGUAUUUGUUCUGAGGCAGCCAGGACGGUGACGUGCGUCAAUCAGAACCUGACUGAAGUGCCGCAGAACUUACCCCAUUAUGUGCGUAACCUCGUCCUCACAGGCAACCGCAUCAGUGGCCUCCAGCCUGGCACGUUCUUCUCUGAACCCCCUCUGGAGCUCAGUCACCUCAACCUGAGCAGCAAUGGCCUGGAGUGGGUGGGAGAGAAUGCUUUGGCUGGCUUGCCCAGCUUGAAGCAGGUGGACCUCAGCCACAAUCUCCUUUCGUCGUUCAGUGCUGCGGCCUUUGGCAACGGCAGUAGCCCCAUAGAGGAGCUGGACUUGAGCAGCUCCCUCUCAAACGCUAGCAAUGUGACCCUCAUCACUGAGCUCCUCCAGCAGAGGGCUUUCCCCAACCUAAGGCACCUGGAUCUGUCCAACAACCACCUGCUUUACCUGCCUGCAGACAUGUUCUCCUCACUGCCCAACCUCCAGCACCUGAACCUGCACAACAAUUCCCUGGUGGGUUUGUAUAAUAUGGACUUCUCGAAUCUCCACCAGCUGCAGAGCCUCAACCUCAGUGACAAUGCCCUCAAGUGCCUGAGGAAUAGCACUGUCUUUCAGCUCCACAGGCUUCUCCACCUCAGUAGUCUUGACCUCAGCCACAACCCUUGGGUCUGUGACUGCCAGAUCGAGGACUUGGUGAACUGGCUUAAGGAAAGUGACGUCAUUGAGGCCAAAGAGACUGUCAAGUGCUCUUAUCCAGAUGAGAUGCGGGGCAGGCCCUUGGUGACUCUCAACUUCUCAGGCUUGGUCUGUCCUGCACCAACAGAAGACCAAACUCAGCUACAGACUUCUUAUGUCUUCCUCGGGAUUGUCUUGGCUCUCAUUGGAGCUAUUUUCCUGCUCGUUUUGUACUUGAACCGAAAAGGGAUCAAAAAGUGGAUAUACAAUAUCAGGGAUGCCUGUAGAGACCACAUGGAAGGAUAUCACUACAGCAGCUGAACAAUCACAAGUUGCAACAAUAA